CCACUUUUUUUCUUUGCAAUGUUGACCCCUCAAGUUCCUACACACACAUGAAGUUCCUACAAAGUCCAAAACAACCUCCACCUUCUCCAUUGCUUUGAGCCUUUCCUUUCUCACAGAGGCAAGCACAGGAGAAAACAAAGCUUGCAUUUGUACAAGGGUUUGGCACUACCCUUCUGCCUAACCUUCCUUUUCUGUCUCCAACCCCCUAUUGGUCAAUCAAUCAGAUUUAAUAUUCUUUUGGCUUGUACCUAGUUGGGGUAGUAGUAUAAACUUUAAAGGAUCUUGUUUUCAAAACCCAGUUGCAGAUUUCCCUUUUUUUCAGUAUAGAGUUGCUUGAGAAGUGAAUAAGAAGAUGGGUGUUGGAAAUCAGGAGGCAAUCAAGCAGUUGCAGACCCUGAUGGAAAAUGUGGAUGAGCAGCAGAAGAACACAUUCCAGAUUAUGCACCAGGGCUAUGCAAAUGAAACAUUAGCAAGGUUUCUCAACGCUAGGGACUGGAAUGUUGCCAAAGCCCAUAAAAUGUUAAUUGAUUGUAUACACUGGAGAGUGGAAAAUGAGAUUGACAAAGUUUUAGAGAAGCCUAUCCCUGUGGAUUUGUACAGAGCUGUGCGAGAUUCUCAACUCAUAGGAAUUUCAGGUUACUCGAAUGAGGGUCUACCAGUCAUUGCUGUGGGUGUUGGGCUCAGUACAUAUGACAAAGCAUCUGACAAACACUAUAUACAGUCACACAUCCAAAUUAAUGAAUAUAGAGAUCGUGUGGUCUUGCCAACAGCUACAAAGAAGCAUGGACGAUACAUUGGCACCUGUGUGAAAGUCUUGGAUAUGUCUGGUUUAAAAUUCUCAGCACUGAAUCAAUUGAGGCUUCUGACUGCUAUAUCUACAGUAGAUGACUUGAACUACCCAGAAAAGACAGACACAUACUAUAUAGUUAAUGCACCAUAUGUUUUCUCAGCAUGUUGGAAGGUUGUGAAGCCUCUUUUGCAAGAAAGAACAAGGAGGAAAAUCCAGGUGCUGCAAGGUUCCGGGAAGGAGGAAUUACUGAAGAUAAUGGACUAUGCAUCCCUCCCACACUUUUGCAGAAAAGAAAAUUCCAGGUCAUCCCGACAUCACGCUGCAGAAACAAACACCGACAAUUGUUUCUCCUUUAAUCAUGUCUUCCAUCAACAACUCUAUAACUUCAUCAAGAAGCAAGCUAUGAUUAUGCAGUCCAUAUCACCAGUCAGACAGGGGUCUUUCUAUGUAGACAUACCUGAGCCAGAUCCUGAUGAUGCCAAAAUAGCCAAGACCAUAGAAGCUGAGCUCCACAAAUUGGAAAAUCAGAAUGGCUUUACCAACUCACUAAAUGGUCUUGCUAUUAAUGGGCACUGAAAGCUAGUUCAACUGUUUUCAGUCACCUUAAGACUUCUGAGUUCUGAGCCACUUUUAUUCCUUGACUUCUUACUGAUAUCUUUUGGAUAAGGAGGGUAUACUUGUUCUCUAUAAGGGUUAUACCCAGGUAUUAGAUGUAAUAUUGGAAUUUUGCAUCAACUAGAUGCAAAUUUCACCAUACAGAAACCUUAAUCUAAUUUCUAUAACUACUAUGAGAUGAGCAUAUGAUAAUAUUUGAUAGAAA